GAGUCAGCAGUUGUCAGUGUGACACUUGUCACUUUACAUAUCUCUCGUUCCAAGGAAAAUGUCAAAGUUGGCAUAAGUGGAAAGUGGAUAAAAAGAAGUUGAAGGUGGGCAGAGCAAAGAGGAGAAAAAAGUAGAAAAUUUUUUGAGUAAGGAAAUAUCCGCCACGAACAAAAGUCGUCCAAGUGAAUUUCGUCGGUCGAAGUCUGGGCAUCGGCGACCGAGUUGAUACGCGAAAAACGUUCCAGCCUGUUGUGAUAUCGAAAGGGAGUUCGUGGGCCGCCCGUUGACGAAAAUCCACUCAGCUCUCGUGUACAUAAAAAUCGAAGAAAACGAAAGCAAAUCAGAAAAUCGUCCUCCAUGGCCGAUACUGGUUCGACUCGUAAAAUGUGAUGAAUAUUUCGUUAAAUGAUCAAGAAUGCCGAUACAGGCGCCCCAAUGGACAGAGUUUUUGUCCUGUCCAGUCUGCAUUAAUGAAUUUGCAGCAAAACAACGUCCUCCAAUAAGUUUAGGUUGCGGUCAUACCAUAUGUCGUACAUGUCUAGCCACACUCCAUAAUAAACAAUGUCCGUUCGAUCAAACAUCGAUAACUACAGACUUAGAAAAUUUACCGAUAAAUAAUGCCCUUCUUCAACUGGUGGGUAACAAUUCGCAAUUGAAUGCAAGUGGUGCAAUUGAAUCGGAUGCUAUAAAUUCGCCAAGUGUGCAAAACCUCUCACCUGACGACUUACAACAUUAUAAAUUAGCCAACAAAUGCAUCGAGGAGUUAGCUCUGUAUUUGAAACCGUUUGCAAAUGGCAGUUCAGGAUGUCUACUGUCGCGGCCGAUGCAACGGAAGCUUGUUACUUUAGUGAAUUGCCAGCUGAUUGAAGAUGAAGGAAGGACUAGGGCCUUACGAGCGGCACGUUCUUUAGGCGAACGUACUGUGACAGAACUGAUCUUACAACAUCAAAAUCCACAACAGCUCAGUUCGAAUCUAUGGGCGGCAGUAAGGGCACGUGGAUGCCAAUUUUUGGGUCCUGCUAUGCAGGAAGAAGUACUUAAAUUAGUUCUCUUAGCACUGGAAGAUGGCUCAGCCUUAUCUCGGAAGGUGCUUGUUAUGUUUGUUGUUCAGCGGUUGGAGCCACAUUUUUCGCAAGCGUCGAAAACGAGCAUUGGUCAUGUUGUACAGCUUUUAUAUCGGGCGAGUUGUUUUAAGGUUUCCAAGCGGGACGGAGACUCUUCGCUUAUGCAAUUGAAGGAAGAAUUCCGAACGUAUGAUGCAUUGCGCCGUGAACAUGAUGCUCAGAUUGUUCAGAUUGCAACAGAGGCUGGAUUAAGAAUUGCUCCAGAUCAAUGGUCAGCAUUACUUUAUGGAGAUACAGCGCAUAAGUCGCAUAUGCAGAGCAUUAUCGACAAAUUGCAAACACCACAAUCGUUCGCCCAAUCUGUGCAAGAACUUGUGAUUGCCCUUCAAAGGACGGGGGAUCCAGCAAAUCUCUCAACUCUCCGCGAUCCAUUGAACCAUUUGGCGAACAUCGAUCCAAGCUGGGAGGCGAAUGUACCAUGGAAAGAUGUGGCAAAAGCUUUGGAAGAUGUGAAACAAGUUGUGAUCGGACUUGUGGAGUUUGUACAGCAUCAUGGCAAUCGAAAAUUGCAGGAGUCGAGUCAGUCGAAUCCGAACCCCAAGUAUAAAAUCAGCUAUUGUCGGGAUUUGGCGGUAAAGAGGAUUUGUCCACGAGGUACUAGUUGUACGUUUGCACAUUCGGAGGCUGAAUUGGAAAAGUACCGAUUGAGAAGCCGUAAAAAUAGUACAAAAACGCCAAUCGUCGUUAACACAAAAGAGACUGCUGUUGAUUAUUUGGACACACCUACACAUUCACAUCUGCCAUCUGAAGAAACUUCACCGAUGCGUUUCGCGGGAGCAGCGGGAAAAACCUCUGUCCCGCCGCAACCUCCGCAGACCAUUUUACCACCGGCUUUUAUGGAUGCAUGUAUGCCACCAAUGCAUGCACCAAGUCCCAUACCGUCGGGCGGGACAAUGAAUCCGGCAGGGAUUUUGCCAAAUGUAGGUCAUAGACAUCAAUAUGACAACCCCUACAAUAUGAACUAUUCAGUUAGGACACCACUAUCGCUGCGCUCGCCACGUCCAAAUUUUGCAGGAGGUCCAGCAGCAGUUUCUCCCCAACAGCAACCGCCUCCGCCACCAUCUCAACCACCGUCUAAUCCGGCAAUAUUUCAUGCACCAAUGAACAAUUUAGGGAACUUUCCUCCAUCAGAUAUUUACAAUGCAGUGAAUGCUGCUCAGAAUUCCGUAGUGCAACCAUCUAUCCAGCAAACAGCGAACUCACAGGGAAAACUGCCUCCGAUGUUGCCGGGCAACAAUGCCUUUUUCGCUCAGCUGGGAAAUCGGGUAAAUGAGUUUUCCAAGCCGGGAGAUAUGCUACGUCAGCAUCUCCCUUGGGAGCAGCAGAUGCAUCGCUCGCUUCCGCAACAACAGCAACAAAGUCAACAACAAAUUAGUAUGAAUUUAAACACUCCGCCCAAUAAUUCGCCGUAUAUGAAUUCGCCAAAUAAUAAUAAUAAUAACAAUAACAAGCCAAAUUCGGACUUAUCAAUGAGACAAAUAUACGAAUGUCGCAAACAAAUGGAAUUGAACUUACUGAAUAAGAAUCUUAAUGGAAAUAUACACAAGAAUUUCACUGGACACGGCCAGUCCCCUCAUCAGCAACAUGUAUUGAACAACAAUCUAGCGAAAGACGAUAUCCUGCCAAAUUGCUGGACCUUGGGGAUGUCUCAAAUUGGUGGAACUUACGGGAUAGAUACAACAGGAGCAGCGAAUGCCGUGUCACGGGAUCCAUUCGUUCGAUCUGAUUCAAUACUGCAAGAAGACGAUUAUAUUCCCUUCGAAACUACAGCAGAUAUGAGAAGUAAAUUCGGACCGAUAUCGCGAAUGCCGAAAAAUUCAGCAACACAAAAUGCUAUGAUGUCACACCAAUCGCAACAGCAAUCUACAACGGGUCCUUAUAACGACAACAUGCGCUUGGCGAAUGUUGGAAAUUCGGUGUGGCCGUACAAUCCGUCGUCUCCGACCGCUCAGAUAAUGGCCUAUGGCGCGCAAAUGUUUGAAACAGGUGCCGGCGGUACAGUUGAUGAGCAAACAUUAAAGAAUUUAGGCACGACGACGAAUGAUUUCAAUAUUGCUGGAUUGGGCACGCAGGAGGAUUUCUUAUUUUCAAAAUCAAGCGAUAUUGGUGGUACUGUUGGUAGUGGAGGAUCGAGUGGGACAAUCAUUGGUCCGCAGUCAAAGGAUUGUGGUAAAUUGGAUGGCUUUAGUGUGCUUGGAAUAUCGGACAUCGAUAGUAAAGAUAAGGAUACAUCAGCGAAGCUCACUCCUAUGAUAACAAUCUGGAAAAAUAGUGGUGAUUCAAAAUCAUUAAGCCCCACCGCAAGCUUUUGGGACACCUCAAAGGAGACAACACCAAUCAAAAACGAAGUUCCUGAAGAAGGAUACGAGGAUCGAAUUGCGAACGACAUUCGUCAGUUGGAGUUGCGUUUGGAAUCUGAACUUGCCGAACACGAGGAACUGUGGCCACCUCAUUCUGAAGAUGCCGCAACUCAGCACAAUUGACCACUAGCUGAAUCGAUUGAAGUUGUAAUACGAUUAUUACUGAACAACGAUGUGUAAAUGUGUGCGAUGUGAAGGAAACGCAAAGCGAACAAUGUUAGUAAGAAAACCAUAAAAAACCAUGGACAAGGGUUCGGCGUAGCGCAGAAUGAGCAAGUGACAAGGUUUGUUGUAUCUAAAGAAAAAUUUAAUUAAUACAUAGCAAUUGUAUGCUGUCUUAAAUGUACGUAGAAGAAUGUAUGAUGCGUGUGUUGAGUGCUUGAUUAUCAUAUUGAUGAGAAAAUGGUCACGGCGGCAGCUUGAUGCUGCCUAACGACUGUGUGCUUGUACAGUUUCUCCUAGGACACUCUUCUUAUGUUUGGCUUUAAGAUUUUUGCUUAAAGUUUCGAAAUGUAAUUUUUAUCCUUGACUAUUUUAUAUUUUAGUUUUAACCACGUAAUUUAUCAGUUUUAAAUAUAAACAAUAACGAAAUAAUAUUGUUAUCACUGUUAUAACUAUCAAACACUUUAUUUUAUAUAUUACAAUCAGGUAAAGAGAAAGUGGAAACAAUUAUAUAAAUAUCUGUUUGGUGUAAGGCUUAUACCAUAUUAGUAUAAAAUAUAUAUUUUUUAUUAUUUUCUAAUUGUAUCUAUGAAUGGCUUGUGGGCCAAUAAAACUUGAUAAUAACUAGCUAACAAAAGAUAUAUUAUCUAACUGAAUAUUUAGAAGAAAUUUGAGCGUAAAGAUGUCCUUAAGGCUCUUAGAUAUGCUGGCAAUUUGUUUUAUGGGAGGGCGCAAAAUGUGUGCCGUUGCAUUGAUUCAUAGGACGACGUAACUGUGCGAAUUGUUAUAUUUUUUUAAAAGCAAAGCAAAGCAAAUCAAAUGUAAAUUUAAAGAAAGUAUGAUCAGUUCGACGGUAAGGAUCGUUUUAUGAUACAAUUACGUAGCCUUUUUUUAAAAUAUUUAAUAUAAUUAUGUAAAAUCAAAAAUGAUAUAUAAAGAAUUAUUUAUUUUUAUUGUCUUGUUGCUUAGUAUGUUGAUGAUCAUUUUACAGCAAUUUCACUUGCUUCACUUCAUUUCCUUUUAAUCAAAUGUUUUUAGUAGCAAACUACUUUUCGUUUACGUGGAUGUAAAUGUGCACAUUGCAACAACACACUCAUUUGUAGUCGAUUGUGAUUUUUUUGUAAUAAUUAUUUUAAAUGGGCGGGUUUUUAUGUUGGACAUCUAUACCAUAAAAACGAGAUUGUGUAGUCUUAUUUGAGACUUAUUAUAAAUUAUAAAUAUAUUAUAUAAAUAUAUAAAUAUUUUAAUUUUCUUUUGUUAAAGAGAAUUUCAUUGAAAUAAUGAAGAUUAUGUGUAUUUUUAGAAAAUGAUGAGACGAUUUAUAGGAACAUCUUAUAUAGAAGAAACGUAAAAUGAAACAAUGUUGACUGUUGUUACCAAUAAUUAAAUAAAUGAUUUUUUAAUUUGAUUUAAA